CCAGCAACGAUCUUUCUCAUGCAAGAAGCCUCUAUUUAAGGUCAUCGUCCCACUAAACAUCAACUGACUCUUCACUCCAAUUCUCCACCUCCGCUGCCGCCGCCAUGCAAGCCUCCCAACCUCCUCCUCUUCCUCCUCCUUCUCCACACCAUUUAAGGUACUUGCGAGAGGAAGGCAUGCCGCAAGCGUUCCAGGACUUCCUCUCCUCUCUUCCUUCUGAAGAAGGCUGGGUCACCACCUCUCUCCGCUCGUACCAGGGCUUCUGGUUCACCUCCUGGCUCUUGAAGGCCGUCCUCACUUGCCAAAACCACUUCCAAGCUCACCCCUCCGACAUCCUCCUCGUCACCAGCCCGAAAUCCGGCACCACCUGGCUAAAGGCCAUCCUCUUCGCUCUUGUGAACCGCGCCAAGUACUCCGACUCCAGCUCACAACGACGCCACCCUCUCCUGACCCAAAACCCUCACGACCUCGUGCCCUCCUUGGAGUUCAAACUCUAUCUUGAGGAAGAAAAUCCCAACCUCGCUGCUUUAGCGCCCCUGAGGCUAUUCGCAACCCACAUGCCUUAUUCCUUUCUUCCACAGUCGGUGAGGGACUCCAACUGCAAGCUGGUUUACCUGUGCAGGAACCCCAAGGACACCUUCGUCUCGCUGUGGCACUUCGCCAACAAGCUGAUGCCGGCAGUGAAGGGCCAGAUUACAAUCCAGGAGAGCCUCGACAAGUUCUGUCGAGGGCUGAGCCCUUACGGGCCUUACUGGGACCAUGUGCUGGGUUACCACAAGGCGAGCUUGGAGAUGCCGGAGAAGGUGCUGUUCGUGAUGUACGAGCAGAUGAAAGUGGACCCGCAUGUUCAGGUGAGGAGGUUGGCUGAUUUCUUGGGGUGUCCAUUCGGCGAAGAAGAACUGAGAGACGGGACGGUGGAGGGAAUACUGAGGAUGUGUAGCUUCGACACCAUGAGCGCAUUGGAGGUGAACAAGAGCGGGAAGCUGUCGACUGGAGAAGAGAACAACUGGUUCUUCAGGAGAGGCGACGUCGGAGAUUGGGCGAACUACAUGAGCGCGGAGAUGGGGGAGAGGAUUGACGGCGUCAUGGAAGAGAAGAUGGAAGGUCUUCGGCGGCACUGUCAAUGGUGGGGCUUUGUCUCCAUAGAGAGAUGCUUCAACUUCAAGGUUGUGAUUCUAGUCUUCAUUAAGAGCUGUCUUCCUUCUCGCUGGGAGCUUAUGGAUUUUUACCUUCUGUUAUUCUUCUGAAAUUCCGUUUUCUUUUUUCUUUUUUAUAUUUUUGCUGUGUGAAGCUUCGGGGCAUAUGGCCUCCUAUAUGUGUCGUAGUUUAAUAAACAUUCUAGUUCAUAUUCGUAUGUGGUCGGACUGAUUGUGUUGCUGUAGACGAAGGAUGUUUGUGUCUUGGAG